AUGAAAUAUUUAAUCGUUAUUGUUUUAGCUAUCUUAGCUUUAUUAUCAACCUCAACUGUUCAAGCUGGUGCCACCGAAUGUGAAUUCUGCGAAUUCAUCGCCAACUAUGUUGAUGACUAUGUUAAACAAAAUAAAACCAUCUCACAAAUCGAAGUUUUAGUCGAAAAAGUUUGUAUCAUUGCUGGUUCCAACGAAGAAGCUUGCAAAGAUAUCGUCCAAGGUUAUUUAGGUCAAAUUAUUGUUAUGUUAGAAAACUUUGAAACCCCAGCUGCUAUCUGCGCUCAAUUAGGUUUCUGUGGUGGUUCAAGUGAAAAACAAGUCCAAGGUGGUCUUAAAUGCGAUAUCUGCUCUUUCUUAUUAAAGAAAAUCGAAGGUUAUAUCACUGCUGGUAAAACUGAAAAAGAAAUCAUGAGUUCUCUUGAUGGUGACUGCAAACAUCUCCACAGUGCUUCAUCAAUUUGUGAAUCAAUGGUCGACGAAUAUGCUCCACAAAUCAUUCAAUUAUUAUUAAACAAAGAAAACCCAGAUGAAGUUUGCAAACAAAUUCACCUCUGUUAAAUAAAAAUAAAUAUAUAAAUAAAUAAAAUAAAAUAAUUAAAGUGUAUC